AAGAGAAAAAUUAGCUUUGUUAGUACGCGAGAAGUGUGGGUUCAAAGGUUUGGUCCGAGUCAGAAAAACUCAUCAAAUCUGCUGUUAACAAAUUAGGGCUUCGAAAACCCUACCUCUUUAUAUCCUUUCUUUCGGAGAAGACGAGAAAAAAAUGGUGUUCUACUUCAAAGCCCGACCCGAAUCCGGUGACUACACCAUCUUUAUGGGUCUUGAUAAGUACGAAAAUGAAGAACUCAUCAAAUAUGGCUUCCCUGAAGACAUCUGGUUCCAUGUGGAUAAAAUGUCAUCAGCCCAUGUUUACUUGAGAUUGAACAAAGGUCAGACGUUUGAUGAUAUACCUGAAGGUGUAUUGGAAGAUUGCGCUCAACUUGUCAAGGCUAAUUCUAUCCAAGGAAAUAAGGUAAACAAUGUUGAUGUUGUUUAUACUCCAUGGCAAAACCUUAAGAAGACGGCUUCGAUGGAUGUUGGACAAGUUAGUUUCCACAACCCAAAAAUGGUUCGUACUGUGAAGGUUGAGAAGCGAAUAAAUGAAAUAGUCAAUAGAUUAAACCGUACAAAAGUGGAGAGGAAGCCCGAUUUAAAAGCUGAGCGGGAGGCCGUCAAUGCAGCUGAAAGGGCAGAGAGGAAGCAGCAGCUUAGAGAGAAAAAACGACGAGAGGAGAUGGACAGGCUUGAAAAGGAGAGACAGGCUGAGAUGAGGAGCUACAAAAAUUUGAUGGUUGCUGAUAAGAUGACAUCAAACAAAGAUAUCGCAUCAACAAACAAAUCCCUGCAAGAGCUGGAGGAAGACUUCAUGUGAACGCAAAAUCAAGUGGACUUAUUCGUUCCAAUUGAUGCCUUGUUUAGAAAAAAUUGCUAAAUGAGAAGCUGCUUAUGAAUGCAGAGAGAGGGUAGGAGAAAAAGGAAGAAGGGGAUGGGGCAUGGGGUGAGGUAAUCCUUUAUAUUGUUGUGUGUUCUUUAGAAAGAGUUGUGCUCCUUAUUAAAAGUUGAUCAUAUUGAUCUUUGCAAGGCCUGAACCUCUUUGUUAAUAAGGUUAUAGGAGACUAUGGGUUGGAGUUCCAUGAGAAGCUUACUUUGUAAAACCAACGUCAAAUUUUAAUGAUGAAGUAAAAGAUGACUUGUUAUGAUGA